AUGAAAGAAGAAUUUGCAAAAUUCUUAUUAUCUAAAGGUUACUAUUUAACAGCUUUAGAGUUUCACCAGGAGUUGUUGGAGGGUGACGGAACUGAACUGCCUGCACUCAAAGAGUACUUCCAAUCAUUGACAACAUCAACUCAAGAUCCAUUAAGAAUAAUUAAAGAGAGAAAGAAACAACAGGGAAUAGUAUCGAAUGAAUCCGAUAAAUCUAAAGAUGAAAAGAUAUCGUUGUUGGAAUAUGAGCUGAGACAAUCAAGAGAAGAUAUCAUUCAAUUGAAAGAACAAUUGAAAUCAAGAUUAAAUUCAAGUACAACUAUUAAUAAUAAUAGUGUUGAUAAUAAUAAUAAUAAUAAUAGUAGUAGUAAUGGAAGUAAUAGUAAUGUAGAACAACAGCAACAAACUAGUAGUAGUAGUAGUAAUAGUAGUAAUAGUAAUAUAGAUAGUAAGAAACAAUUGGAUAGUGUAUCGAAAGAAAAGAUUAAAUCACAUGAAAAGAAGAUUUUGAAUUAUCUGUUUAGAAAGUACUUGUCUGCCAAUGGCUAUCCACUGACAUCGGUUACUUUCUCAGAGGAGAGCGAAGAUAGCGCUAGAAAUUGGUCGGAUCUUCAAUUGAAUCAACCGGAACCACCUUCUCUCUUGACGAUCUAUCGCUAUUUCUUUGAGAAUGGUGAUUCCGGUGUGCAGGGCGUCCUCACCAAAACGAUGGGUGAGAUUGCAAAGCUCAAGAAGGAGUUGGCCGACAACGAAGGUCACUGGCGAAACAUUCAGAAGGAGAAAGAACAACUCCAUCUGAAACUAAAGGAAUCGAAUAUAAUCAUUGAACAGCUAAAGAAGAAUCAACUAUCGGGCAGUAGUGCUGUCGGAAUGUUGACGACCUCUACAUCCAGUUCAACAACAUCAACAACAACCACCACGACAACCACAAGUAUAACAUCGCCAAACACUCAAUUACAGCAACAGCAACAUCGUAAAUCAUUGGAGAUGAAUGCAAGCGAUGUAUCGGUGAUGAGAAAUACGUUUAGAUCGAUGGUCGACAAGCGUAGACAGACCGUUGCCUUCCAGAUUGUCUCGAACGACGACGAGUCGGAAGCAAGCAUGAGAAUCGCCGACGAAGUCGAACAGCUGCGUUCACACGAUUCCGACCAGCUAGGAAAGAUCGUCAAGGUGAUAGCUAGUUCACUGCCACACAUUCUCCCGGGAGUCUUGUUGAAUAAGCGUGAGGAGUUGAUCCCGCUGAUCUUGGUCGUCAUUUCCAAUCAUCCCGAUGAAACGACGCGAUUCGCUCUCACCAAGCUACUGUUCAACCUGAUAAAGAAACCCAAUGAAUUCCAGCGACAUGCCAUCAUGAAGGGCUGUAUGGCGCUGGCAUCGAUUGUCGGUCCGCAACGUACAGAGACCGAGAUUCUCUCGCAGUGCUGGGAGCAGCUCACAGAGAAGCAUCCGGAGCGACGUGUCUUGGUUGCCGAUUCCUGUGGAUCGCUCGCUCAGUUUGCCAGUCCCGAUCUCCGGCUGUCGUUGAUCUUGUCGAUUCUCCAGCAGCUCGGACAAGACAAGUCGGCACUCGUCCGUAUUGCCGUCGCCAAGAACUUCUCACUUCUCAUCAACUUUUUCGAUGGCACCGACAAGUACAACCAAGUGGAAGAGUCAUUCAAAGCACUGAUCUACGAUACCGAAGCAGAGGUAUCACUCGCCACCAGAGUAUACUUCCUUCCCUCACUUGCCAACUGGACAGAUCUCUUGGAAUCACUGAACUCCAAACUAACAAACCUGUUAUUAACAGAGAUGUAUUCACUUGUUCAUAGAUAUACAAAUCAAAAAGAAGAAUUCAAGAUUCCGGAACAAGAUAUAUUAAAGUUGGAACAAAUAUUAGCAUGCUUUAUGGAUUUAGUACCGAGAAUACAUCAAUCUCUUAUCUCAUCAUCUCCAUUAAUAUCUGAAAAAGAAGCAAAGAAUAUUGAAAAUGAAUAUGACAGACAAGAAGCAAUCUAUCAAUAUCAAAUGAAUGAGAAUAAAUCGAAAUUGAAUCAACAGAAUGGCCAUGGUGUCGAUGCCAAUGGUUCGUUAAAUGGUGGCGAGGGUAGCAGUAGUUCAAGUGGUAGAGCUUCUACUGCCUCAUCAGAGUCUACAGCAUCAUCGUCAUCGUCGUCAACUGGAGCAGUUACAAAUUCAUCCAAUAGAAUAUCGAUACUCGGUAAAUCAGAAACAGCUAGAUUACACGCACAGUUUGAACAAUAUCUGAUGUCGUUGGUCAACAACGAUGUAUCUUCACCCAACUGGAAAUCGCUGGAGUGGAUCUCAACGGAUUUCAUCAACAAACUCCUAAACAUCCUCUAUUGCAUACCAAUGAGAAACACUCGUCUCAUCUCAUUGUUUGCCAAAGCACUCAAUGUUUUCUGCACGGUAUUCGGUCAAGUAUUCACCAAGAGAGUCGUAAAGAGUGCAUUCUACAAAGAAUUCCAAAAGGAUUCAAGAGGAAAUGAAGCACCAGUAAAGAAAUAUAGAUUGGUACCAAUAUUCGCAGCUGGAGUAUUACAUUCAUUGGAAUCAUCGGAACUAAAUACAUUCCUCAGUGACAUUGUUGUACAGAUUUCAAUGGAAGAGAGAGGAUGGGAUCACAGCAACUUCCCAGCACUCGUAAAAUCUAUGGAGUUACUCUGUAACAAUGAUUUCGACAAGAAGAAAGACGUUGGACAGAUCCUAUCAAACUUGACUGCCAACCCAUCAAACCAAGUUAGAUCAUGUAUUUUAAAUCUUUAUAAAGUUAUUAUACCAGUAUUCAGUCCACAACAAAUAUCAAAUACUAUUGUACCUUCUUUGAUUACUAUGAGUACAGAUCCCGAUAGAACCGUUAGAAUGGUGUGUAUCGGUGCAUUAUCGAUCGUUCUUUCACAGCUAAGCGAAGACAAUGCUAUCGAAAAGAUUGCAAUUGCUUUCGAGAAGAUCUUGGAUGACAAGAAUCACAAUUUGGAAGUAGAAUUUGUACAAUCUAUCACUAAAAUAAUACCAACUGUUAAACCAAGAUAUAGAGAUUCAUUUUUCCUACCAAAGAUUGUUGAAACAAAUUCAUCCGGCACUAAAGUUGUUGUUGCACGACGCUCAACUACACGAUCCAUCGUUCAAGUCAAUGGUGAUAUCGAUGAUCAACGACUUGGAGUCUGCAGUCAAAGAGGAUCUGAGAGGACACAUCAAGAAGAACAGUAG